AAAAAUUUACAGAUUACCUAUGUCUGUACCGGAAAUAGUUGAUUUAAAGGGUGUUGUAGAGCCACAUCUAGAGGGCGGUGAGCUUCAAUCGUACAGUGCUCGUUAUCUUACCAAGCCUGGAGACAAUUAUGGCAGCUGUAUUCUCUCCAUCUCCUCUAAAAUUAAACGUCCGAACGGGCUUAUCGAGGAUUUGGCCUUGAUUGCAAAAUUGCCGCCAGUUACCAACGAAUUGUUUUGGCAAAUAUUCCAACCAGAACGCACCUGUAUUACAGAGAACAACGUAUACCAAAGUGUUGUACCAGAAAUACAUCGGCUGCAACUCGAAGCUGGUUUGCCUAAGGAUAAACUCUACAAUGGCGUGCCUCGUUACUAUGGCAGUCGAAUAUCACUGAAUAUCAACACAAACAAAGUAGAUCGCGAUGCGGUACUAGUCCAGGAGAAUCUACAGGCAUCUGGAUAUAAAGCUGGUAAUCGUCACAAAAUGCUCGAUUCUGUGCAUACUAAACUUGUGUUGGAAUCUCUGGCACAGUAUCACGCAUUACCAAUUGCCUUACGCCUUAGGAAGCCAGAAAUUUUCGCAAAGUACAUACGUCCAUACUUCAAACGUUUCAAUAUGAACAACACAAUGGGCCAUGAUAUGAAAGAAGCAAUGCGUAAGGAAAUAGUUGAAGAUCUACAGAUAGCUACACACAAUGACGAUACUGCAGUUGAUGAAAUACUCGAACUAUUUGAACUAUACGAUAGGUGGCUAGAGCAGCCAGAAGCAGUUGAUGGACUAUAUACCAGCUUGGUGCAUUGCGACAUGUGGAUCAAUAAUAUUAUGUUUCGUUAUGAUGAUAAAGGUCAACCCUCACAUUUAAAAUUUGUAGAUUUCCAAAUAGCUCAAUACGAGUCAAUCGCACAUGAUAUUAUAUUUGUCUUAUUUUCAAGUGUGGAAUCAGCUGUACUGGAAGACAAUUUCGACGAAUUUUUGAAAAUCUAUUACAAUGCAUUCAUAAUGAACCUGGUUGAGGUGCAGAUUCCAACCACAAAUUAUACCUACGAGAGUUUUCUAAAUGAAGUACUAAGGGUAGCUCCAAUUGAAUUCCCCCACCCGUUAGUCAUGACAAAAGUUAUUUUGGCAGAUAACAGCACGCUUCCAGAGGAUUUCAAAGAUUUGGAUAUUUCUGUUAUAACAAAAAAUCGCGGUUUGGACACAAUAAUAAAGCGAAUGGAAGACAUAUUGCGCUUGGGGAAAAAGUUUAAAUUAUAUUAA